AUGAGGACACGUAGCAAAAAGACCAAAACCGUGAACAACAACAACGAUCUACAAAAGUCGGAAGAGAAACAAAAGUUUGAUCAACUCCCUCUGGACCUAGAGAUCGAGAUGUUUAGGAGGCUGCCUUUAAAAUCUGUAGCUAGGUUUCUCACACUAUCCAAGUCAUGUGCAACAACUAUCCGCAGUCCAAGUUUCAUCACAUCAUUCCCGUCGCAGCCUUGUACCCUAAUCGCUUCCGCCGCUACAAUCAGGACUUGCCACAACUUGCCUUCCAGCUUUAAAUCUAAGGACCAAAGGUUGUACUUCUUCUCAUCGUCUUCUUCAUCAUCAACUGUCUUUUCUACGCGUUUGACAUGUCCGUUGUCCCCAUAUGAUAAUCUGAUAGAGUACUAUUAUCAUUAUGCUAGUGGUUUGAUAAGCAUUGGAUGUAAUCGAAAGCAAAUCGUAACUAACCCCAGCACUGGUAGAUUCAUAACUUUACCAAGUGUCAGAAGAAGAAGAGUGGUCGUGAAAAGUUUUUUCGGGUAUGAUCCAGUUAGUGAUCAAUACAAAGUCUCGUGCAUGACGGAAAGACGUCAUGGCCUUCGACAAGACCCAUCAUCUGAACAUCAAGUGUUCACAUUGGGAGAAAAAAAGCCAUGGAAAAUGAUAGAUUGUACUAGCAUUCCUGAUCACCGUCCUUGGUCUAACGGUGUGUGCAUAGAUGGUUUUGUGUAUUACGUUGCUAAAACUGGACAAGGUAUGUCACAACUGAGCUUAAUGAGAUAUGCUCUGAGGGCUGACAAUUUGAAUCUUUUUACUAGUUUACCUGAAGAGCUUCGAACUCUAAAACUAUCUGGUGACACUUUAUUGAACUAUGAAGGGAAUGUAGCAUGGCCACUCCAGUUACAUCUUAUAUUUAAUGUGUGGGUUAUGGAUCAGGAUGGCGAAAAACAUGAAUGGUUGAAGAAAAUAACUUUCAAUAUUGAACCUUGGAAGAGUUCAUCUCGCUAUCUAGACGUUAGAGGCACUACUCAUACGGGUGAGUUUAUUCUUGCACCAUCGCACUAUCCUGAUGAUGAGUUUUAUGUCUUCCAUUACAAUCUCGGCAAGAAUAGCUUUACAAAGAAGAAACUUCAAGUUCGUAUUUACAAUGUUAGAAUUGUGUCUACGUCUUCAAUAAUUGGUCUCUAUCUCUCCUUCUCUCUCUUGUAG